AAUCAAACUACAUCAGUCAUGGAAACUUUUGACGCAAUCUCCAAUAGUAGUCAUAUUUUCUGCAUUUCUGUAUUUUAUUAAAAACUGAUUCAUUUUAUUUUGACCACACCCUUUUUCUUAUUAAUUUUUUUCCAGAAAAGUUUUUGAGGUUUACUUAAAAAAUGGUAGCUUCUAUUUUACAAAAAAAAAGUCUAAUCAUUAAUCAAAAUUAUAUUUAUACGCGUCAGUUUAAUUCCAAAUAAAAUUUUGUAAAUAAAACAUUUUCAGACAAACAUUUUGUUGCGACUUUGAGUUAGUCGAAAAAAUUUCAUUAAUUCAAGAACAAAAGUGUAAUCUCCAUACUUUUUCGAAUUUUUCUCUUCAAAAAUGAGAUUUCGCGUUUCAAACGUAUUAACUCUCUGAAAAUCUUGGAAAAAAUCAUACCCUUACAUUACCACGCUCUCCAGAGGUCGAAAAAAAGGACACGCGGAGGUCAUAUGUGAGCAAAGAUGCAGAGGAUAUAUCAAUUCAUACUAAUAAUCAUUUUAUUAUUAUUAUUAGUCUUUGACAUAUUUACCAACAAGCCAGAAUUAUUUCCAAGUUCUCGAAUUUCACCAUGCUACACGGAAUCGUCACCAACGAGCGGAAAACUGGAAUCAAAUGCUGAAAAAUCAGAAAAAUUAAUAAAUGUGCCAUCAACACUGGAUUUGUCAAACAAAUCAUAUUUUAUUGAUGGAUUCGAUCGGUUUGACUGGUAUCAAUUUCAAUUGUUUAGAAAAACAAAUGACAGACCGAAAACAGCCAGCAACAUCAGCACGCUGUAUGCAUAUGAAUUUGAGCACGAAAUUACUGUUACAACAACUUCUUGGAAACGUAUGGGACAUCGCGUCUACUGUCGUUACCUUGAUGAUAACAAUAUCGAAAUUGGAAUCCCAUUUGAAAGUCUCACGUAUCCAGAGUAUAUUGUCAGCUGUAAAAAGAGAGACGGCACUAAGAAAAUUGGGUUAAGUGUCGAAAAGAAUGGAGACUUUUUUCCAUUACCAAUUAUUGAUAGAAUGCUGAAAAAACCAAAAUACGAACUCUCCAUGUGUGUUGCAUCCAUUUACGGCGAUGAACCAAAAUGGUUGAUGUUUAUCGAAAUGAUAGAGCAUUUCAAGUUACAAGGUGUCCAACACUUUUACCUUCAUAUCCAUCAUGCUUCCGAAUAUGAUAUGAGAGUGAUUAAUGAUUAUGUGAGAACGGGAGAAGUUGAAGUACACUAUCUUAUCGAAAGGGAUAUGCGGGCUGAUAACCAUUGGCAUAUGGUUAAUCUUGCGGACUGCUUAAUAUGGUCCCGCGGAGAGACAAAAUGGACCAUCUUCGCUGAUCUAGACGAACGAAUCUACAUGACAAACUAUACGGGAACAAUUUUGGAUUACGUCCAGGUCGUCAAAAAUGAAAGUAUUGCGAGUAUUCAAUUCAGACAGCAAUGGAUAAUGAAAACUGAACUGAUGCCACCAAAAUAUGAAGGUGAUCGACAGUUGGACAAAUGGAUGCCAACUCAUCGAUGGCAUAGUUCGAGUGGAAUUGGUCCACCGGGACAUACUGCAAAAUGUAUUGUUGAUACAUCGAAAGUGUUCAUCAUGUUUAUUCAUUACGUAACACAAUUUUUCCCUGCGACGAAUGGUUCGAAUUAUGUGCAAAUUCGUGUUGAUCCGGAAGAAGGACUUGUUAGACAUUACCGUGAUCUGUCUCUUGGAGAUUGGGGACGAAAAUGGCUGAAUUCAACUCUGAAAUUUGGUGCUCUACGAGACACUGACUAUCCAAGUGCAUUUCUUGGAAAACUGACGGAAAACGUGAAACGGAGAGCAAAAUACGUUUAUGACAAUUACUAUGAUUGAUGAUUAUGGAUAAUUUAUUGUGCUAGAUAAAUAAUUUUUUAGUAUAGUUCCAAUUGAUCUCAAAACGUGUUUAUUUUUUCACUUGUCGUGUUUUAAUAUCAAAGUUUACUGGUCUUCGUUAGCAUUUCACUGAUUGUGAAAACAGUUAAUUUAAAAUUAUGUUUAAUAAAAAAUGAU